AUGGAAUUUUCCUUCAUCGAAGGUUCCAGUGCUCCAAAUCAAGAAACUGCGAAGCUUUUGUUCGAAAUGGCCAUGAAUGGGAAAUGGGUUGAUGUCGUCAAGAUAGUUGAGGAAAAGCCAUUUUUUCUAGUGGCCGAGGUCACCAAGACAAAAGACACACUGUUACACCUAGCCGUCUCCUACCGCAAAGAAAAGACGGUCCAAGAAAUGAUAAAUAUCAUUCCAACUUUCGAGUCUCUUCAACUUAGAAACAAGCAAGGGAAUACCGCUCUCCAUCUUGCUGCAAUGGUGGGGAGUGUGGCCAUGUGUGAGUGCAUAGCAAAUGUUGAUUCUUCAUUAAUCGGAGAACGUAACCCUGAGGGAGAGACUCCUCUUUUUACGGCAGUGCUCUUCGAUAAAAAACAAGUCUUCCAAUGUCUUUACGAUUUGUGUCCGUCCAAUGAGCGUCACAGUUAUUCCAAGAAUCCGCGUACUGGUGACACGAUUCUUCACUACGCCAUUUCUGAAGACCAUUUUGGUGAGUAA